AUGUCUCACCGUUUCUUGAUUCUCGGUGGUCAAUAUUCACCCACGCCGACACCGCCAGAACCAAUGCCGGACGACCACUACGUAAUCUUUAGCUCCCAGUUCUUUCUCUUCGUCGGCCUCGUCAUCAUCUUGUUUUUCUUACUUUGCCUUAUCGCCCUCAACGCCGCCGCUCGUUGCACCUGCUUCCGCUGGUUUUCCGGCAACACCGUUACAACCACCCAGAACGAUCACUUCUCGCUACCGGCUUCCAAGCUUCUGAGAAGCAUUCCAAAGCUCACGUACUCCGGCAAUUCCAUGACCGAGAGAUUCUCCGAUUGCGCCAUCUGCCUGACGGAAUUUGUUGUCGGAGACGAGGUUAGAGUGUUGCCGCUUUGCAGCCAUUGUUUUCACGUCGUGUGUAUUGACAGAUGGAUCGUAUCUCAUUUUACAUGUCCGUCGUGCCGGCAAAUGUUGUUGAAGACGACAAAGUGUGAUAGAUGCAAUGAGGUGCCGGUUGCCGGAGUGAGUGGAACUCAAUCUACGGCGGCGGAAAUGACGAGUGUUACGAUUGACAGGUUUUUGCCCUAG